CUAUGGUUACGCGAAUUUCCCCGCCUCCCGUCAGUGAGCUGCCGAUUUUGGGGCCCGCUUAAGUGGAGGCUUGGAGGUGCGGUGGCCGCAGGGAUGGAAGGCAGCGGUCCGGGGGACGCCAGCCCCGCCGAUGCCGCGAACUUGUUUUCCCUGGCGGGGCUUGGCGUCGCCUUGCGGGCCGUCCCCGAGACCCCGGAUCCGGCUGCUUUGGGCUACUUGCAGCUGCCGUGGCGGAGGGAACACCGCGUGUGCAAGAUCAUCAGUCGCCGCCGCAGAGACGCCCGGCUACACCGCAAGGUGGGCCCUCUGGGCAAGGAGAUUCACGCUUUAAAAAGGUUGAGAGAAGCUGCUAAUUCAAAUAAUUUAGAAACAGUGUUGCAGCUUCUAGAAGAUGGGGCAGACCCCUGCGCUGCUGAUGAUAAAGGUCGAACAGCGCUGCACUUUGCUUCUUGCAAUGGAAAUGAUCGUAUUGUGCAGUUGCUUUUAGAUCAUGGUGCUGAUCCAAACCAGCGAGAUGGAUUGGGGAACACUCCCUUGCAUUUGGCUGCCUGCACGAACCAUGUUCCUGUCAUCACCAUGCUGCUCCGUGGAGGAGCUCGAGUGGAUGCCCUGGAUCGAGCUGGAAGGACCCCUCUGCACUUGGCCAGGUCAAAGUUGAACAUCCUACAGGAGGGCCUCUCACAGAGCUUGGAAGUUGUGCGUCUUGAAGUAAAGCAGAUCAUUCAGAUGUUGCGGGAAUAUGUUGACCGAGUUGGGCGUCAUGAGCAGCGGGAACAAUUGGAUGACCUUUGCACUAGGCUACAGAUGACUAGCACAAAAGAACAGGUGGAUGAAGUUACUGACCUCUUAGCCAGUUUCACCUCACUCAGCUUGCAGAAGCAGAAGAUAGACCAGAGGUAACAGGCUUUUCUGUUGCUCUCUCACACCAGAGGAGAAGCCUUGGAAGAAAAGAUAGCUGGAGCUCAAUUGCAGGACUGCAGAGUUGUUGUUGCCAGUAUCAAGCAUACCUUUCCUGCUGUAUCUAUGUUGAACGGUCUGAAACCAUUGGACAUCAGUGACUACCUUCAAUAUCCUUUCUUUGGGACAAGGAUUUUUGCUGUGCAGCCUUCAAAGAGAUCUUUAUUAUUUUUUUCUUUAAGAAUCAGGAACUUUCUUUCACCUAAUGGAGUUGUGGUGGAGCUGCCCCUCUAAGGACGCUGCCCUCAGAAGCAUCACUGAAGUCCUGCAAGUGGCAGCUUCAGCCUGUUCUGAGUGCAUUUGGGGAAAUGACAGCUAUUGGCAAUUGCUCUGCUUUUAAUAUCCAGUAUUUAUGCACACACAUCAAUGAGCCUUUGUAGAAGAUGACAGAUUGUUUCCUAGUUGGCAAUGGAUUAAAAAAAAAACGGGGUGGGAAUAUUUUAAAUGCAGAAAGGGCUGAAGGGCCAGCAAGGCUGCCUAUGGGGAAAAAAACAAAGACUUUAUUGAUAUCACUCACAUGUGUGAUAUCAAUAUUCACCAGUGGCAGUAACUUCCUUUAUGCUGAUUCUAUUUCCUGCAUUUUGGGUCAUAGAAAGAGGCUGGUAGUAAAUAUGUUUACACUCUGUACAAGCUUCUCUUGCUUAUAUUACUUAUGUUAAAGAGACAGAGUGAGAGUAGUUAAAAGUCUUUGGCUGUCUUAGCCUGCUAGCAUAAAAAGGCAUUUGCAGAAGUUGGGCCCAAGGGCGAUCCCUUUAGGGUGCUGCAAUGAGUUGCUAGACCAUCAAGCUGAAUAUCCUUAUUAUGCCCUUUCCUUCGGGCACUUUCUUUUUUUUAUCACUAGUUCAUUAAAUUAUCUGUUUCGGAAGGAUAAAAGGAGGGAAAUAAUGUGGAGUACAUUGGGUGACAUGCUUACUUUCAUAUGCUGUUUUUCUUCUUACAAGGACAUAAAGUUGAUCUAUAGCUCAUGCCCGAUUCAGGUAUUGAACAAGUUAUUCUGCUUUAAAUCAAAAUAUGUCUCACUGCCCACUUGAGAAAGGAAGUGGGUUGAAUGUGAGGAUUGUAUUCAGAUCAAAUUAUGGUUAGCUAUGAUGAAUUAGGCCGCAAACCACAUCCAGGAUAAUGUAGAUGGACAGAGAGAAGUGUUUUUCCCCAGUGCCUGUGAAUACCUUGAACAGACAAUGCUUUCUUAAUGAUGCCAUUCCACUUGGCUUUGGCUGAGCAGGUUUUGGAAGUUCUGCAUCUUUUAUGGGGAAAUGCUUGCUUUUUCAUUCUGGUGUUCAAAAUGGAAAAAAAACACCUUACUCUGAAAUUCAAAAACUCUUCUGCAGCCAUAAAGUUGCUGAAUAAGUGCUAGUUCAUCAGAGAAAAAACCCUCAAGGCUGCUGUUAUGUCCUAACAGGGUGUUUUGACUCCAAACAGCCAACAGUAAUUAAAAAGAAAGAAUUCUGUAGCCAUUCCAGCGUCAUUGGAAUUCCAAGGUUGUUUUAGUUCCUUGAGAUUUGUACAUUCUUAUGACUUUAUUUAUGGCAAAUAUACAGUGCUUGUGACAGAUAAGAGUAACUGGAUGCAUAUCUUUAAGAGAGCUACAGUUCUUGGAUUUCCUGAAUGCAGCAGCCUGAUAGGGAAUCCUGAAUGUUCGGCAGAGGAUGCUUUAGUUCUAAAUUGGCUCAGACUUUGCUAGAGCUGUCACUGUGGAUACAAUGAACUUCAUUCCAUUAUACAAGGAGGGUGGGAAGCAAUUUGAUCUUUUCAAUAAAAUUCUGUUUUGCUGUCAGAA